CUCAUGUAGAAGUGCUUGCAGCCCCAGCUCGAUUAUUAUUUCGUUCCAAGUCAGCGAUAAUUAUAAUUUUGAUUUUGUUGAACUUGCUGCACUUCACUUUUCUUUCUGGUGACCACCUCUUCCUCCCAGAAGAUGCGUCUCCCAAGUCUCAUCUCCCGGCCGGGGGCGUCAAAGUCAAAAAUGAAGCCCUGGUGGACGACGAGGAGACCCCUCCACUUCAGCCUUCCGACCCUCCUCUGUCUGCAACCGCUCGCCCUUGCACUUCGAGUACUAACAAAACGAAGCGCCUCCACCGCUCCGUCCGCAAGGGACGACCACCCGUUCUUGUCUAGCACCGGGGCGUCGGCCGAGCGAGGCCGAGUUUUUGAUGCACCGUUGCAAGAUGAAAUUGAGUGCGACGUGGUCAAGCAGGAACAAUGUCAAUCACGCCAAGCAGGAACUACAGCAAUGUCGUCGAUUUCAACCGGCGAAACAAACAGCAGCACGACCGCAACCACUCCAAGUUCCUCGGCCACAACUUCAUCUCCCCACGGAGGUACAGCUACGCCAGAUUCCUUCUCCGCUCUCAACAUGUCCGAGCUGGAGAACCUACAGCCGUUUCUCACCAUUCAGGAGGAAGCGAAGCUCUCCGCCGUUAGUGAAGCUUUCGCUCCGAGAAGGGGUCAUCAAUCCCUUGACCGGAGCAGUUUAGACGAACUUGUGAAGACGAUGCCAAGGAGUUUUGUCGGGGGACUUUUUGGUCAGCAUCAAACUUCAACUGAUGUUGCCGUUCCAGCCAAAGCCAAGCGCUUCUUAGAGUUUUUAAAGGCGGCGUGCUCCAGAACCGAUUCUGGGGGUGGGACACUACCUACCGCAGAAGGAGGAAGACAUCGCCCGGAGGGCCUUUUCGCGAUCCCCAACAGCAGCAUAUUGAAGUUCUACGGCCCGCUCCCGUGCACCCCGAAGGCGGCAAUUUUCAUUUUGGAAAAAGUUUAUCAGGAAUAUAUGAAGCAGUUAGUCGACAAAACGAGGACUUACGAAGAGAUGUUUCGGAACAGGUACGGCCAAAUAAACCCACAAGAAGAAGAAGGGCACCAGCGAACUGCACCAGAGACAGGUGGUUUUGGUUCCUAUUUCGCACCACGAAGGGAAACAAGUACAAGCCAUCUUUACCACGACGACCGGUUGCCGGAUCUUUCCGUCCACGCGGCGCACGUCCACUACGUAGAUAACGCCCGGAUGCGGGUGCAGCUGUGGCACAGUUGGAAAGCACAACUUUCCCCCUGGAUUCUCAAAGUCGACCGAUUCCGCUACGAGAAGCCGUUCAAAUCCGUUUUGGAGAAAUUUGUACAUCUGAGUUCAAGAUUUUACGAUAAUCUGUUGGAAAACAACAUCGACCAAUUUCUCUUCCCGAGGAGUGCAGGUGAUGCGGGGCGAGGUGGUUCUUCUUACUCUGGGAAUGACUUUGAGAGGAGUUUGAGGAAUGCAAAUGGGUUUUUGAACAACCACUUCUACCACUUCGAGGAAAACGACCCGCAUUUGGAAACUUUGUUUACCAACACGAGAACGACAACAGCGAUGGAGGGCGAGGGAAGCACGUUGAACACUUUGCUUCCGAAGCACGUCGCGAUGCGGCAUUUGGUGUUUCCGGAAUACGAUCGAAAUUUGGAGGUGAAGCACGCGAGGUUAUUUGCGGGAGGUAGCACCAGUGGUCGUGAUAGAGCUGCGAGUGCGGCUGGCGGAAGGAACGGCGCUGCAGGAACAGCGGGUCGUGCCGCUGGCCCUCGGAAUGCUAAUCAAGAACAACGACAGCAGCCAGCACGACAAAACAGCGACUUUUCUCGCCGUGGCCCGUACAACAACUUUGCCCCCCGCCAGUGGCCCACCACGGCGGGCGCCCCAGCGGAGCAGCACAUCAGCAAUUUUCUCGCGAACGUGGCGGAUGCAGCCCGGGCGGAUCUGAUUGAGGUAUGAAUUGCAAGAGUAUCGUACUAGUAGUAACUGCAUGGCAAACUAGAUCAGCACGACAAGUGGAAUUUGUCGUGCUGAUUUACCUGGAAAAGGAGGUUUGUCAUGCAUGAUUGCGAUUACUACGAGUGCGAUGCUUUUGCACAGGAUAUGAGGAAGAGUUGAAUGACUGGGACCGGACCUUUAUCGCGGGCAACAUGGUGUAUUACUCGUUGGACGGAACGCACUACGCGCAGUGGCCGUAUGACCCGCGGGAUGAUUUUGCCCUGGAGAUGAAUGCUGCACAACAAGGUAAUGCUGGUGUGGAUAUGAACCCGGAGCAGGAGCAAGACCAAUUAGAAGACGACGAAGCGGAAUUUCUCCAUCGAUACAACGACUUUAUCACACGAAGAACACGGUGGACCUGGACACCAGAAACAGGAGACGUGGACGAUAUUCUGAACCAUUUGGAAACAAAUUUCGACGAGGAUCAGGCAGGCGCAGCAGCUGGCGCAGCUACUGCCGCGACAACUACCGGAAGAACGACUACAAGCAGCGACAGACAAAACCACAACCUCCCAAGUAGCGGUGUUAAUAGCCGAAGAAGAAGUAGAAAUCCAAACUUUCUCCCGCAAUUUGACCUCCGCAGCGACAAGCACUUUCUCCUCACCUAUUUCUCGGAAAUGGAUCGUCAGUGCGAGUUGGGGUCUUACCGGGGGAGAAAGAAUUUGAAUGCAAAUUGGUUCACGUCCGAUUGGGGGAUUGGGCUGGUGGCGAAGCAGUUGUGGCAAGACGAGGAUUUUGUGUUCCAAUUCGUGAACAAUUUCGCGACCAGUUGUUAUGUGAAGGUUGGAACAGGACUAUACGGGGAAGCAAGUGGAGCAGAACACCCUUCGUCAACUACACACCCGAUGCUGAGCGUUUUUCGCCAGAGAAUGGCCGGCGCGCCGGACUUUUGGCAGAUGAGAUCAGGUCCAGGUAGCAGUACAAGCUCGCAUCAUGAUGCUGACGGUCUCACGGAAAGUAAAUCCCACCGCCGCUUCAUCGACUUAGGCCUGAAUCCGAUCUACCGCUGGUUUUCGAUUUUCGAGGCUGUUGGGUUAGCCGGUGGUACACGGGAGUAUGAUAGUGACGAGGAACAAAUUGAGGGAGGUACAGGUCGAACUUAUCCUGUGCAAAAGUAUCGUACUCGUAUUGCAAUCAUGAAUAAUACAAAUCUUUUUCUACUUAAGGUACCCUAGCAUUACAAAUUUCAUUUCUCAUGCUGAGGAAACUUGUUAUGCAUUUAUACGAGUGCGAUACUUUUGCAGUUCAUAGAACUCCCCUGUCCGCGAACCCGUUUACGUCGUUCUCCACCGGAGUGAAUCUACCGACGAAUCUGAAGUUUUUCCAGCGGUUCUUGACAACAGAAACACAGGGAAAAGCUGCUUGCGCCACCACUGGCUGUAGUUCAUCUUCGACCACAGCGUCCGGACCGAAGCCCAUAAAACAAGAAACUCUGCGCAUCGGGCAGACUUUGGUAGAAGUGGUUUCCAACGAGCCAACAAAAUACACAACGCAGUUGAAGCAAAGCCUUUCCGCAAUACAGUCUUUCGCCCAGACGGUCUCUAUGAUUCUGCAGUUCGGUAGCUCUUCUAGCACGGCCGGGUUCUCCCAUUUUCACCCGCCGAGCGGGCUUUACCCGGGAAUGGGCUCGGUGAGGAGACGGGGAAGUGGAGCCGGAUCGUCAUCAUCACCUUCUACCAUGACAACGGCGCAGCUCCAAAAUUGCGACGUCAACCUUCUCAGAACUACCCGGGUGAGCGGUGGCUCGCAGUCCGUGGCAGGAGGAACAGCAUCAAUCUUCGGAACGACAACAACCGCUAGAAGUGCAGAAGAGGAUCACAAUAAAUCUCAGGUGAAGCAGGUCUACGAUUUCAUCAGAAAUCUACUAAAAACCGUUCUCCACGCCAAGCAGUAUCUAAAAGAGAAAAUCCGGGAACAGGACCUUGAAGACCUUCUCUAUUUCUCCGUGCACACCACUUCUGAUCGGGAGCAGAGACUCUAUCAAGUGGAUUGGAAGGCGUACAAAGUAGCGGAAAUCAUCAUGGAAACGUUUCUGGACGGGCCGAACUCACUGCUGAUGACAUUUUCCGGCAAUUUGCAAGAAUUCCACCCGGAAUCCCUCGGGUGUGUUUUGAAGCUGCAGCAGUACGUCGUUAAGGAAUUGAAAGUUACCCUCCAGGAGGAGUUCGUCGAGCUGUUUUUCCCACCUAGUAACCCCGCGUGCGAAUACGGGGUGGUCGGGAGAGGGCUCAGCAGGGUGAUGAGCAAUUUUUGUAAUGUGCUGUAG